AUGUACCUGGAAAUAGCACCUUCGGAAGUGCUCACUUUAAAUCAUACGGGCACUGAGGCCAUGGAGCCAGCAUCCGAUCACCAGACUCAGAGGCUCAGCUCCUACGAGCGUCUCCAGGCGCAAAGGACCGAAGUUCAACAGAACAAAACCGAGUCGCAACAGAACUUGAAAGAAGGACUGAAAUAUUACCUAAUACCCAAAAGUUGGUUUGAGAAGUUCACUGAAGGCAAAUUUGGUCCUGAAGAUGACGUUUCGUUGAUCCUGGGUAAGAUAGAUACAUCGUCCUUAUUGGAUUCUUCAGGAUACCAUCUAAAAUCUCCCGAGGAUCCAGCAUACGUUGCAAAUAUUGCGUUACCAGAAAACAUUUUCAAUAAGCUAUGCGAAUGGUACGGACUUGAUGAUUCCAGCGAACCCGUGAUAAGGGAAUCUGUGCGGGUGGCUGGCGAGUUUCAGAUUGACGAGUAUCCAAGUGUGUUUGUGCUUCAUGCCCUGGUACCAGCUAGCUAUGUCAACAGGGUUGCCCAGGCUCAUCCCAAGCCACUGUUGAUACCAAAAAAUGCCCAGUUGAAGGAUAUCAAAGAGAGAGUCAAGCGCCAGUUGUCUAUUCAGACCAUGGGUAUGGCCUUAGUGACCAGACUAUGGCUGGUGGAGGGUUUCGCUACCGAUAUCCCCUUCUGCCUAACGCCGUCUAUUUUUCAGGAAAUUGAGUCAAAGAGUCUGCUCAUCCGUAACAAAAGCGACAGAACAAAGACAUUAUCGGAAAUAGGACUUUUCAACUCGCAUAUCAUCAUCGAAGUCAGGCAAAAGGAUCACCCAUGGCCUUCGGCCACGUCUAAAGAACUGGUGAUGACGGAUGGACUCAUCGGACUGUCGAAUCUGGGCAACUCAUGCUAUAUGAACUCGGCUUUGCAAUGCCUGGUACACGUGCCGGAGUUGACCUACUACUUCUUGCAUGACUUCUUCAAGGACGAGAUCAAUGCAGACAAUCCUCUUGGGAACCAUGGAAAGGUCGCAAUGGCCUUUGGGUCUCUAGUGCACACUUUGUAUGCCCGCAAACUGGGAACCCAGCCGAGCUACAUCGCACCCAGAGACUUCAAGAUGACUAUAGGCUUCUACAACUCCAUGUUCGCGGACUAUCACCAACAGGAUUCGCAGGAGUUCCUGGCAUACCUUCUGGAUGGCCUUCACGAGGACUUGAACAGAAUCUUGAAGAAGCCAUACGUGGAAAAGCCGGAGCUUUCUGACGAGUUGGUAAACAAUCCCGAAGAGAUUGCAAAACUUGCUGUGAAGUGCUGGGAACUUCACAAGCUCAGGAACAACUCCAUUAUCAUCGAUCUGUUUGUGGGAAUGUACAAAUCCACACUGGUGUGCCCCGAGUGUGGUAAGAUCAGCAUAACGUUCGACCCAUACAAUGACUUGACUCUGCCGCUUCCAAUCAACAAACGGUGGUCACACAAGGUGAAAAUAUUACUGGAUACAGGCCAUCCGAAGGUCCUGGAAGUUGAGCUCAGUAAAUCUGCCACAUUCUCGGAUCUGAAAAGAUAUAUCGCCCGAAAACUGAACAUUGAAGCCUCUGAUCUUAUAGGCUGUGAGCUCUUCAACGGGCAGUUUUACAAAAACUAUGAGUCCAAAGACUCUGAUGCCUCCUACUUGCCAAUUUCGGAUUUGGUUUCGGACGGAGAUGACAUUAUCUUCUACCAGCUAGAGCACAAGGAAGGUGAUAUAAUUGUACCAGUCUUCAACACGGUUGUUAGUGGAACACAUUCCAGAAUGACCAAGCCAUUCGGGAUUCCUUUCUUCAUCACGCUUUCUGCUGAAGAGAGAUACUCAUAUGGAGCAAUACGAGAGAAGCUCGAGAAACGUUAUGACCAGCUUUCAUCUUAUAAUUAUUUCACACAGGUCAGAAGCCGUUCUAAGCCCAAGCACGAUAUUGACGACUUUCCUCUCCUCAAGAAGCGGUUUGAAAAGACACCAGGAGAAGGGUUUGAACAUGAUAAUGUGAGUGAGUCAGAAUCUGAUAUUUCAUUGGCCAACCCCGACAUACCAGGAAACUAUGCUUUCCAAAUCAAGACGUUUGAAUCUUCCAGAGAAGUGGGAAAUACUAGAUUAUCAGGUUAUGGAGCAGGCUACUCGUACGGUCAAUCACAUAACGAGGAUUCCAACGAUGAAGACGACUCUCUUUGGGUUCCUAAAACGAACGCCAACUUUUCAGACCUUCCCGGUCUUUUGGAGAAGCUCGGGAGCAAGAAACGCCAGUUUUACACAUAUCAUGCCCUGGGUUCCGAUAUGAGUGAGGAUGUAGACACCAUGGACGAUGACGAUCAUCCUCUUGAUGAAAUGACGAAGACAAUUGACGAAACCCUGGGUGAAGCAAUGUCCGAUGAAGAUAUCGAUGUCACCGUUGGUGCAAACCCAGGGUUGAAUGAGGACGAUGCCAAAUCUGAGAGCUCCUCUGAGGUGGGACUGGCUAGUUUGGUGAUGGAUACGGAUUUCACUGGAAGUAUGCAUCCUGAUUCUAUGACCAGUGAGCUGGAACCGGAAAUUGGUGACGGGUCUUUGGUUGUGGACAAAAUGGCAUUGGUUUGCGAGUGGAGUCCUGAUUUGUUUGACACUUUCUUCACGGGAAUAGAAGAGGAUGGUGAAGGCGGCUCUGAAACUUGGAGUAAACCCGAAGAAAUUCCAAACGAAGAGAUCGAAGAGAGCAGAAGGAAGUUGGCCUUGAAGUUAAGCUCAAAUAUCAGUCUUGAAGACUGUUUGGAUCUUUUCUCUACACCCGAAGUUCUCGGCGAGCACGAUCUUUGGUUUUGUCCUAGAUGUAAGGACCAUCGUCAAGCUACAAAGAAGAUUGAAAUUUGGUCGGUGCCUGACAUUCUCACUAUCCAUCUCAAAAGGUUUGAAAACCAGAGGAGGUUUAGCGACAAAAUCGAUGCGGUGGUAGAUUUUCCAAUAGAAGGUCUUGACAUGUCGAAGCACGUUGUGAAUCCAGAUGGACAGGAAUUGGUGUACGAUUUGUUUGCCGUUGAUAACCAUUAUGGAGGCCUGGGUGGAGGACAUUACACCGCCUACAUCAAAAACUUUGUUGAUGGGAAAUGGUACUAUUUUGAUGAUUCGCGUGUGAGUCCUGCUGACCCUCAGAACUCGAUCAAGGGGUCGGCCUAUCUGUUGUUCUAUCGCAAACGGACUGAUCAUAACCUGGGUGGUGAGUCAGUACGGAAAGUACUUGAACAUGUCAAGGAACAACGGGCCAAGGAAGCAGACAAUAAAGGUGCAUCUGGCGAGGGAAAUGUUUCAUGCGAGUCUCCGACUAUUGCUCCGUUGAGCUCGAAUGUGGAUUCAGGGAAUACCUCUCCAGACGUGAGUGAUGUGGAAACAGAGCUGGAGAGAGAGAGCACCAACGGUGACUCCGGUACUUCCAUAGUUUCUGGCUCUUGCGGGGUAUCAAGUCCCCCAAACGAGGUUUUCGAGGGCAGAAAUAGACGCAAACGUCAUCAAACCCACAGACUUGCACUUAGUAGUCGUGGAGGUGGUUGGCAUAAGGACAGUCUUGCCUCGGAGGGUGCUGAAUCUGUGGGAUCACCCUUUUCAGACGAUGAUGCCUGUUCGAUUCACAGCAGCGCCGCUGUUGCACCAGACACAUAUGGGAGAGCUGUCGAUGAGAUGAGUGAGCCUUCCAAUUGA